AUCACGAGAUGUGUAGUUGUCCUUACAAGCAACGUUGUAUAGGAUUGCGACACUGUCAAUGGGCAAUAAUCACAUCGCCUGUUACUUGGCCAUUAUAAGUUGGCGAUUCCUAAAAUGGCCAGGAUCCAUCGCUAUUUCCUAGUUUUGGCCAUCUUCUUCACCUUUGUCCUCCUGGUCGGUUUGUUCUUUGGAUGGAAUGAUCAGGUCCCCAGUUAUCUACGCGACAACCACUUCAGUCUUGGGUUGAGUCGGCCUGCCCCUGCUGCUCCUCCUCCUCCUCCCAGGCUGCCAGAAGUUCAUCCCAUCGAGUACCUCGUCUCUAAUGCACGCGACUCGUUUUCACAGGUGACCGCUCGCCAGUCUCAAACGCUGGAGGAAGCAGUCCAUGAAUAUCAACGCCGGUACGGCAUAAGUCCGCCACCCAACUUCGACAAAUGGUACGAAUUUGCCGUGAGCAACAAUGUCCGCCUCAUCGAUGAAUAUGACACGAUCAACGACUUGCUUUUGCCCAUGUGGGCAUUUUCUCCAUUUGCAAUCAGGCAAAAGGUGAAAAAGGCCUUUGGAGGCAACGACUUUGUCCUUCAAGUAUCGAUUCGUGAGGGCAAUGUCGCUGGUUAUUACAACAAAGGUACCAACUGGAGGUUGAAAAUUAUUCGCAACACGAUUCAAAUCUUUGCCGAGUGGCUGCCAGACAUGGACAUGGUAUUCAACAUGCACGACGAGCCUCGCGUCAUCAUUCCCCACGACGACCUGGCCCGCCUAGUGAAACGUGGUCGCGAAGUGAGGAAAACUGUAGGAAAAGACGAAUCCUCGGUAUCAAAUGUCUGGUCUUCGCCGGCCAAGGACCUUAUUCAAGGCUUCUACAACACCAGCAUCAUCAGGCCGUUCAACGAGUACCCUCACCAAUUCACUUGGGCGAUUUCACGCUCUUCAUGUCCUCCAGACAGCCCUGCUAGAUCAUUGGAUCUGGACGGCCAUCCCGCGGACGACGACACUACUCCAUACAUAUACCCCCCUCUCAAUUUUGUACAAAAUCACACCUUAAUGACCGACAUCUGUCAAAUGCCUUCACUGGAAAACACCUAUGGUUUCUUCAACAAGCCCAACGCCUGGAGCGUGAGCCAUGACUUUCUCCCGAUCUUCUCACCGAGCAAGAUUUCAUCCUUUUCGGAUAUCCUCUACCCGGCGCCGUGGUAUCUGCAAGAAAUGGUGUCGAUUGAUGAUGCCAAAGAUCUGCCGUGGGAAGAAAAAGCCGAUCUUCUGUACUGGCGAGGAACCACCACUAGUGGCUUCUCAGAGCAGGGAGUCUGGCCGCGACAGAACCGUCAACGAUUCAUGACUCAAGCGGAGAAGCCGGGCCGUGAGCACAUCUUGAAACUAGAUCCAGACCGUGAAUUGGGUUGGCAACUUGAGGAGACGGAUCGAAGCACCCUUCAACAUUUGUACAACACCCAUUUCACUUUCAUUGGGCAGACCUCAAAGGAGGAUCACGACGCGCAGAAGAAAUUCUUCGACGUUCGAAAGGAUGAAGAUUUUCAGAACGUCACUCUGUAUAAAUAUCUUCUGGACCUGGAUGGGAAUGCUUUCAGCGGCCGGUUUCACGCUUUCCUCGGCAGUCAUGGGCUGGCGGUGAAAAUGGCUCUGUUUCGUGAAUGGCACAAUGAAGUCAUCAUGCCGUGGGUCCAUUAUAUUCCUCUCAACCUCUACGGCAGUGAUCAUUUCGAGGUCAUGCGCUAUUUGACCCAGGAGUCCAAAGGCCAGGAGCUGGCUGCAGAAAUCGCACGGGAAUCCCGCGCUUGGGCCCACAAUGUCCUCAGACAGGUCGACAUGCAAGCCUAUAUCUUUCGAUUGUUGUUGGAAUAUGGCCGCUUGUCUGACGACAAUCGCGCCAACCUUGGCUUCACAUUGCCCUCCCCUGAUUCUUAGCCACUUGCAUACCUAGAUACUCAUAUGCGAUGACUUUCUCUC